AUGGAUAAUUUAUCAAAAAUUACAUAUAUUGCUAUUACUACCGGGUUUUGGAGUGAUAAAAAACAAAACUCCUAUUUAGUUUUAACCGGACAUUAUGUUGAUGAUCAAUUUAGUCAACACACAACUGUUCUUCGAUUUUCUGUUUUUUCAAAGCGUCAUUAUUCAACUAUUAUUGGUCGUGAAAUAGAAAAACAAUUAACUGAACUUCAAAUAUCUGAUAAAGUUACAACAAUAACGCGCGAUGGAGCACCAAACAUGGUUGGUUUAUUUGAUUAUUUUAGUCGAACUGGUAUUAAUCGAAUACAAUGUAUGGUUCAUACAAUUCAUUUAAUAAUUUGUAAUGGAUUAGGCAUUUGGUUAAAAAAAGUAACUGUUAUUCAAGAAAGUGAUACAAAUAUGAUUGAUAUUGAUGUACAUCUAAGCCAAACAGUUCGAGCAAUUAAAAUCAAUGAAGAUAUUGAAGAUGAAUAA